AGCAACCCGGACCAGAGCAGUCUAGCGCUGUACCUGGUCACAUGCCGAUCUUACGUCAGGCACGGACAACGUGACACCACUCCACACUCCUCCGCGGUUCCCCGUCCCAGUCCCAGUCAGUACCUAUACCUCCGUCUCCAACCUCCCCAUCCCAAUCAACCUCAACCUCAACCUCAACCACAUCCACACCUCCAUCUCACCUACAACCCACAACAGCCCUCCAAAAAAUGCGCCCCUUACCACCGCUCCUCACGCUCCUCGCCCUCCCCCUCACCGCCACCACCCACCCAACCUCCCAAACACCCUUCCAAACAACACCAUCACCACCACCAACCACAAACACCACCAGCGAACUCCGCCCACUCCCCUUGGUAAUCUGGCACGGCCUCGGCGACAACUACCUCAACCCAUCCCUCCAAUCCCUAAUAACUCUGGCCGAGAAAACCAACCCAGGCACCUACACCCACCUAAUCCACCUCUCCCCCUCCAGCAGCGCCGACCGUCAAGCCACCUUCCUCGGCAACCUCACGACCCAAAUCACCCAAGUCUGCGCUCAACUCGCCUCCGACCCAAUCCUCAGCACCGCCCCCGCCAUCAACGCCCUGGGCUUCUCCCAAGGCGGCCAAUUCCUCCGCGGCUACAUCGAACGGUGCAACAAUCCCCCCGUCCACAACCUCAUCACCCUCGGCAGCCAACACAACGGCAUCUCCCAAUUCCAAGCCUGCGAAUGGACGGAUCUCAUCUGUCGGGGAUCCGAAGCCCUGCUUCGCUCAGGCCGAUGGUCACCCUUCGUUCAGGGCCGGUUGAUCCCCGCGCAGUAUUUCCGGGAUCCGUCCAGCGAGGCUGAAAUGGAGGAAUAUCUCGCGAAUAGUAACUUCCUUGCGGAUAUUAAUAAUGAGCGGGCGGUGAAAAAUGCAACGUAUAAGGAGAAUCUGGGCAAGCUGAAUAAGUUCGUCAUGUAUAUGUUUGGGGCGGAUAAGAUGGUGCAUCCGAAGGAGUCGAGUUGGUUUGCGGAGGUGGAUGGGCAGGGUGGUGUCGUGGGGUUGAGGGAUAGGGAGGUUUAUAAGCAGGAUUGGUUGGGGUUGAGGGGGUUGGAUGAACGGGGGGGAUUGGUGUUUCGGACGCUAGAGGGGGGACAUAUGGAUGUUGGGGAGGGGGAGUUGGAGGGGAUUUUUGAGGAGUGGUUUGGGGAUGUGGAGGUGGAGUUUGAUGAGGGGGGCGUGGGGAGGAGGGUUUUGGGCGUGCAGGGGGGGAACUAUUAGAUGGG